AACUUGUGAGGUACCAGCAACUGCUUCAUUAACUACUGAGUUACCAGCAGCUGCUUUAUUAACUACUGAUUUACCAACAACUACAUCACUAACUACUGAAUUACCAGUAGCUGCUUUAUUAACUGCUGAAAUACCAGCAGCUGCUUUAGUAACUACUGAAUUACCAACAACUGCUUUAUUAACUACUGAAUCACCAACAACUACUUUAUUAACUGUUGAAUUACCAACAACCGCUUUAUCAACUACUGAUUUAUCAACAACUACUUUAGUAACUACUGAAUUACCAACAACUCGUGCGUCCGAAACGCCACAACACAGUUAUUUAUCACCGCCAUAUUUCGUUGCACCUUCAUGUGAAGAUUCAACAAAUAUUGGUUUUAAUUGUAAUAUACCUGGUACUAUUUGUGAUAUACAAAAUCAAUGUCUUAAUAAUGGUAAAUGUAUCAAUAUAAAUGAUAACCAAGAUUAUAAUUGUUCAUGCUCAUUUGAUUUUUCUGGUAAACAAUGUCAAUUUGAUGAACGUGUUUGUAAAGAAAAUACUUGUUUAAAUAAAGGUGUUUGUAAAAUAACAUCAAAAUCAACAUUUAAUUGUACAUGUUCAUCUGGCUUUGAAGGAGCACGGUGCGAAAGAAGAAUCAAUUAUUGUUUGAAUAUCACAUGUUAUAAUGAAGGUGUUUGUCGUUCAGUACUACUUGGUUAUAUAUGUCAAUGUCUAAGCGGAACUUCAGGUCAGCAUUGUGAAAAGACAGAGAAAAAACUUUUUAUUUAUAAAGCUGUAUCGAAAUCAUUUGCUUAUAUUGCAAUUGUCGCAAUGAUAUGUGUUGCAUUAUUUGUAAUUAUUAUGGAUAUUCUUAAAUAUUGUUUUGGUAUUGAUCUUACACAUCGAGAAGUUGAACGAAUUCGGCGAGAACGACGAGCAAAAGGACGAAAACCAGUGAUUCAACGACUUAUUUAUGUGAAUAUAACAUCUUUAUCUGAUCGACACUUUCGACUAUAA